CGUAAUCGUGUCUAAUAACGAAAAUCUCACCUCACGGCUUUCCGCCGCCCUCACCUCCUCCCUCUCCACCGGCCAACACCCUCUCCUUGAUCGCGUCGCUAAUGCUUCAUCUCCUCCCAUCAUCAGGCCUGGAACAGGCUUCGACUCUCAAAUCAUAGACCAACAACCGACAAUGCCGCGUCGCCGGCCGCCUGGUGCUGGCCCCGGCUUGAGCACCUCGCUGCUCCUGACCCUCCUCGUCCUGCCAUGGGUCACGUCGACGGCCGCUCAGCAGCAGCAGCCGCCGCUCAAUGUCAACCGAAGAUCUCCCCGCCAGGAGGCUCGCGUCGACACCAUCAUACCCGAACGGCCCGCACAGCCCGAUCAGGGACGGCCCGAAAAUGCCACAAAGCGCAGUCGACACACCCCGAUUAUAGCCCAGAAUGAGCGCGCCGUAGCAACACAUAUCUCCUCGGCUCCAGCGGUCUCCGCUGUUAGAGCACCUCCUACCGGGAACGCUGCCCCCUCGUCGGGUGGUCUUACGCGACCGAGUGCGCGCUCCCUGAAGGAUUGGGAAGUUGAGGACUUUGUUCUGUUGGCGACCGUCGAUGGACACUUACACGCAAGAGACAGAUACAAUGGAUUAGAGAUAUGGGAACUUGAUGCCGCAAGACCCAUGGUGGAGACGAUAUACCAUAACCAGAGCGAUUCGAACAUGGACAACAGCCCAAACAGCAAGCCUUUCAUCUGGAUCGUGGAGCCGAAAGAGGACGGGGCUCUCUAUAUUCUCAGUCCCGGCCCGUACCCGACGCUUCAAUCCCUCGGCAUGACGAUCAAGCAAUUGGCCGAGGAAUUGUCUCCGUGGAGCAGCACCGAACACCCAAUUGUGUACACGGCAGAGAAGAAGAACGUCAUGAUGGUGGUCGACGCUCGCACCGGCCGCGUACUCAGACGAUUCAGCUCCGGCGGAUCCACCUUCAUCGAUACCGAGAGCUGUGAGCCCCAACCGACCGAUUUUGUUGGCUCCAAGGGCAGCGAAUGUAGAGGCAUCUUCAAUCUUGGAAUGACCGAGUAUAUCAUCAGUAUACACAACUCUCAGACCACUGCCAACAUUUGCACAAUCAAAUAUUUCGAAUGGACCCCGAACAAUCGCGAUCGGGACCUCCAUAGCCAGUACUCAGAAACAAUGGACAAUCAAUACAUAUACAGUAGUUAUGAUGGGUGGGCUAUUGCGUACGACCACAACAGGCCUAAGAGGAUCGUCUCGCAGCGGCCGGUAUUUGAGAGACCAUUCUCUUCCCCAGUGGUCAGGGUCUUUGAUGUUGCAAGACCACAGGAUGACGACAACCCCGAGCCCGCUCUAAUCCUCCUCCCACAGCCUCCGGGGCCCGCAAGUCAAGAAGACAAAGCAAAGCAAGUUUGGCUUAAUACCACUGAGGCAGGCAGCUGGUACGCCAUGUCCGAGGCCAAUUACCCAACCGUAACCGACAGGGCUCCUCAAGCCCUUUGUUAUAACCCCGAAUGGAGCAAUGAAGCUUUGGGUUGGGACGGUGAACACUACCUUCCGGACAGGGUGAGUUUGGUGGGAGUACACUCUCUCGAUUAUAAAUUGCAACCUUCCCGUCGCCCUGAUCUACCAGGUAUCGAUGCCCCUGAUGAAACAGAAGAACCAUUCGUUCCACAAGCCCCAGCAAAAGAAGACCCUGAAGUGAGGGAACCAACCAUUAUCGAAUCUCAGUCUCAGAAAAUGUGGGGCAUCUUGAUCACUUUUCUACUGGUUAUUUUGACUGGUGUCGGCGGAUAUCAGUUAGGAGGACAGCCAAAGAGGGUUGAAGCUCUCAAGAAGAGCAUAUUGUUGAGGAUUGUGAAGGGUAAGAAGUACGAGGCUCCCUUGUCACCGACUCCCGCUCCGAGCCGAUCCGAUCCUCCUAUCGUCGAGGACAAGCCUGUCAGCCUGCCGCCGGUGGAUGUGACCGAACCCUUCACUUCUGCGGAACAGGCCCCUGCACUAGAGGCUAUUGAUACCAAACAUGAAGGGCGGAGAGUUAAAUUUGAUCUUCCGGACGAUGAAGAUACCGAGCUUGAGCCACUGUCAAGGACCACUACCGCAGAGCAGCUUUCGCCUGUCGGCGAUGAUAUGGAGUCAAGCGCCAUAUUAAAUGAAACUGCCAAUCCCAACCAACUGCCACCAUCGACAGCUGAGGGUGAUGCUCAAGGGCAAGUGUCUACUCCCACUGCUCCGGUCAAGAAGAAGAAGACGCACAGAGGGAAACGAGGCGGAGCAUCAAAGAAGAUCAAGAAGCUCAAGGAUGAGGAUGAAGUUGAUCGUAUCGUAGACGCAGCGAAACAGCUUGACCAGACUCCUUCCCUUCAUCCCGAUGAGGUUACGAUGAAUGGCGAUGAUGUUCAAGAUGUUUCUAACAUCAAAAAGAUUGGCAAAUUGACCAUAGACUUUGACACGGUUCUUGGAAACGGUAGCGGAGGAACCUUUGUAUUUGCGGGAAAAUGGAAUGAGCGUGAAGUCGCUGUCAAGCGAAUGCUGCCGCAGUAUUUUGGACUCGCGGAGCAAGAAGUGAAACUUCUCCAAGAAAGCGACCUCCACCCGAACGUCAUCAGAUACUUUGAUGAUGAGAAGGAUGAAAAUUUCCUAUAUAUUGCCGUCGAGAUUUGCCAGGCAAGUCUGUGGGACCUCUAUCGAGAUGGCAGACCAGGUGAAGAGCUCAGUGAUAUUCAACAGCGAUUGGUCAAUGAGAUCAAUUGCGAUGUUCCCAGAGCUUUGUAUCAACUCGCGCUUGGUCUCAACCAUCUCCACAGCUUAAGGAUCAUUCACCGCGACAUUAAGCCACAAAACAUCCUGAUAGCAUACCCGAAACGUAACCAAGAGAAGGGACCUCGCCUUGUUAUUUCUGACUUCGGCCUCUGCAAGACUCUUCCCGACAACGUUAGCACAUUGAUCGGAACAACGGGAAAUGCUGGCACUGUCGGAUGGAAAGCACCAGAAUUAAUCCUCCAACCAAGGGACAAUGAAAGGAACAGCUCGACCGGUCACUCCCGAGAGUCUUCCAGCUCUAGUGAAGCUGUCUCUCAAGGGGUCAAACGCGCAGUUGACAUAUUCUCUCUUGGUUGCGUCUUCUUCUACGUCCUUACCAAUGGCUCCCACCCCUUUGACGAUGACGAAGGCUGGAUGCAAAUCCGCGAGCUCAAUAUCAAGAAGAACAAACCCAACUUCAAACAGCUCAGUCUUGGUGACGAUUCCGAAGAACCCAUCCACCUCAUAUCCUGGAUGUUAGCCAACCGACCAGAAGACCGUCCCACGGCCAUCCAAGUAAUGAACCACCCAUUCUUCUGGUCCGCGGAAAAACGCCUCAACUUCCUCUGUGACUGUUCCGACCACUGGGAACGUGAAAUCCGCACCCCGCCCUCCGACCACCUCAACAACCUCGAACAAUUCAGCUACACCGUGCUCGACAAGAAGCGAAACUUCCUCGCUAAGCUCGACCACGGCUUCAUCAACUCGCUCGGUAAACAGCGGAAGUAUACCGGCGAUAAGAUGUUGGAUUUGCUGCGAGCGCUGAGGAAUAAGAAAAAUCACUACGAAGAUAUGGAGGAUAGUGUUAAGUUGAAGGUUGGUCCGCUGCCACAUGGCUAUUUGAGGUAUUGGUCGACGAAGUUUCCAAAGCUAGUUAUGGCGUGUUAUGAAUGUGUGGGACAGUGUGGGUUGCAGGCAGAGCCGAGGUUUAGACCAUAUUUUGAGGGGAUGAAUGGAGCGUAGAGGGCUGGAGUAGAAUUAUGGAGGCGGUUGUGAUUGCGGUUAUAUUUGUCGCUGCAUGUUAUGAGGUGGAUGCACAUCGCACCGUCGAGAAACUACAAAGGACGAUAGGGCUCAGACUACACACGUCUGUCUUGCGCUCACGCAAUCUCAAAUCUCAACCGCCGCGAACCGCAGCAUGUUGCUCUUCCAACACCAUCCUCAAGAGAUACUCGAGGAGGAUUGAGAGAGCCUAUAUCGGUGGAGUCGGCGUUCAGAAAUACUGUGCUUCUUAUGGUCGUUUCACGGUGGUUUCUACCUGUGCUUUUGCCGUGGGUUUGCUCCGUGUGCGCUGUGUUGUUUUACGUAGUUCACCUGCUCGAGACUUAGUUAUUGAACUUCUUUG